CCUUCAACCCCAACAUCGCACACACCUCCAUUGAUCUUCGGUGCAGACACACGAGCACACCACACAGACCCACACCACACCACACGUCAACACAGACCAUGAGGAAUGCGGCACUUGACGCGCAGAUGAACAGCGGCGGCGCCUCUUCGUCGCCCAUGAUCCCGCCGCCGUUCUGGUCGACGCCGACGCCGUACCUCUUCAUCGGCUUCGCGGUGGUGAUGAGCCUCAUCGCGGUGGCGCUGGCCGUGCUCCUCUGCUCCCGCCGCAGGGAGGGAGGCCGCGAGGACGAGGAGGCGGUCCCGGCCGGGAUGAUGUCUGUGCGCGUGCUGACGCCGCUGGACAGGGAGGUGCCCAAGGUGGUGGUGGUAAUGGCCGGCGACGACAUGCCGUCCUUCCUCGCCAGCGCCACGCCGCUCGCCUUCGCCGAGGCGGCCAAGGUGCAGCGCCCGUACUGCCAGUGCGGCGCCAAGGACGUCGCCGCCCCCGUAUAGCUAACUGUGGCUCUCGCGCGCCGCCGAUCGACGCCGCAAUAUAUAUGUGUAUCGAUCAAAUCGAAUGGGAGGAGUUAAAUUUUGUUUCUGUUAUAUAGAUUAGUUCUCAUCAUUUUCCUCCCUAAUUAGUAGUUUUGGUGCAAGGAUGCGACGCUGUGGCCUUGUCGAGGUGGCUUAAUGUUCAGAGCUUCAGAGCAUGUAGCGAGUGCCGAGUGCGCAAUUAAUAUGCUAAUUUGGUUGCAUAUAAGAUUUCCUGUUCUGCAGACACCUUUUUUCCCGAAACAUAUAAUUGUGAGAA